UUGUCGCGCCGCUCUUUCGCCGUUACUUCGAUUUGAGACGUUGAUCGCGUUGAUUGUAAAAAUGGUUGAUCAGAACGAAAUUUCUAGAAGAUUAUUGGGCGUGAUGCAGAAGACUGGAUAUCCUAUCGUCCAACACAACGGGCAGAGGAAGUUCGGUCCGCCUCCAGACUGGACUGGUCCUCCACCACCAAAGGGCUGCGAAGUCUUUGUCGGCAAGCUUCCGAGGGACAUCUUCGAAGACGAGCUCAUCCCGAUAUUCUCAUCAGUUGGCAAGAUCUACGAGCUGCGUCUGAUGAUGGACUUCUCCGGCUCCAACAGGGGCUACGCCUUCGUCACAUACUCCACGAAAGCAGAUGCCACCGCUGCAGUUCACGAGCUGAACAACUACGAGAUAAAGCCUCGGAAGCACAUAGGGGUGGUGAAGUCCGUGGACAAUUGCCGCCUUUUCAUCGGGAACCUUCCGAAGAACAAAACCAAGGAGGAAGUGUUUGAAGAGCUGUCGAAUCGGGUCUCCGGUAUCGUGGACGUGAUUAUUUACAAGAAUUGUUUCGAUCGGCGGCAAAAUAGGGGAUUCGCUUUUGUGGAGUUCACGUCGCAUAGGGCGGCAGCAAUGGCUCGUCGCGCGCUGGUGCCGGGCUGCGUGAAGCUGUGGGACCGCGAGGUGCAGGUGGACUGGGCUGAACCAGAGCCAGAUAUUGACGACGAACAGAUGAGACUUGUGAAAGUCUUGUAUGUACGUAAUUUUGAAAUUCGGACAUUACCAGACACAAUAAAAGCUAUAUUCGAAACUGCGAUAAAUAAUAAAGUCGAAAGGGUAAAGAAAAUAUACGACUAUGCCUUUGUACAUUUCUAUGAGCGCGAACACGCAGAGCUUGCUAUGGCGAAAUUGCAAAAUGCGGAGAUAGACGGAAGUAAUAUUGAGAUACGUUGGGCCAAACCGGUCGAUCGCGAUUUGUACCGUAUACAGAAGCUAGGGAGAGGCAAUGCGAAGUUUAAUAAUAAUCUGGACUUGUCUCAAACUUUGAUGCUUUAUAAACAGCACUUGCAGAAAAAGGAAUACGCUAGCAGCCCUAAUGACGAAGGCAUCGGGUCGGCUUGCGCUGUGGAAUCUCCAUGUUGCUCGCCCAUUGAGUACAAGCCGGCUAGUCAGACCGAUAGCUACACAAUGGCUCCAGCUAAGCUUGAUUCCAUGUGUAAAAGGUACUCGUGGGUGUCACCACUGUACAAAUACCAUAAAUAUGUAGAUCCUACUGGCGAUGACUUGUGGGUCGGUAGUGUGGAGUUGCCGCAUGUUGGCCAGCCGCUGCUGAACCCACCACGGAUGAUGGGGCCACUGAUCACCAGGCCGUGCUUCUCGGUACAACAAGCUCAUGUUGAGGCUGCUGAAAUAGCGCUACAUUCACUUAAGAUGCUUCGAGCCAACCUCAUACAGCGGUCCACACAAGUUUCUACACAGAUGUACCAGGCUGUAGUCCCCACAGUGCCCAGUUGCAUCAGUGUACCCUGCGACUAUAUUAUGAAUCCCCAUCUAGUCGCUAGGCCUCCACCAACCCUACCUGUCUCCAUCCCACCUAUGUGGUAGAUUUAAGCAGACAAAUUUAAUCUUUAUUGUUGAGCCAAUAAAAAUUAAUUUCCUUUAAGUUACCUUAAGAAAUAAUUAUAACCGAAAUAUAAUCUUAUUCUUGAAGAAAUAAGGUUGUAUUUUGUUUAAAAAGCUAAAGUGUAAGCUAUUCAAUUUGAUACAAUUGUGAAAAUUGUAAUAUUGUUACUGGCAACACUGAGCAAUUUAGUUGAUUCUUUUGUGACAAUUUUUUGUUGACUAAAAAAUCCUUUCUUGACUAGAACUAGAAUAGUAUUUUGACUUAAUUGUUUAGAUUUUAUAAGGCGUUAUUUACUUGAGUAAAGCUGUCCACAAUGCUUCCUUGUGUUUAUAAUUGUAUAUUCAGAGAGAACGCAUUGUUAAAUCUAGCGGUAUGUGACUGUAACUUUUUUGACAAUAAACUUUUGAUAACAUA